UUUGAAUGAGCUCGCCAAACAGCGGACCUCAAUCGACGAAAUGCGAGUCACCUGGUCUGUGAGCGGUUGGCGAUACGGUAUUCACCUCUCGCACCAUGCACUAUUUACGGCCACGACUGCUACGACUGGUGUUCACGUCUAAGCGCACCAAAGUCACUGUUACUCACGCCGACGCACACAGCAGCUGCAAACGGAAACAACCGACGCCGAUUUUCCUGAUAGGAACAAGUUUAUCACACGAAGCUACGGAAUGGCAACGACGAUUCAGCGAACUCGGUUAUCAAUCGACGACGGCCUUGUAUUCAUCUGAGGAAUUAGAAUCCUCAAAAAAAGACUCGCUCAACACUUAUUAUCAAGAUCUUGUUACCAUUGCACGCGAUCGGUGCUUUUUCCCUCCACUCCUUGUCGGCUUUGACAAAGGUUCCUGGGGUCUCUGCAGAAAGUUUGUAGCCAAUCAGCCCGUUUCGGCUUUAGCCAUGAUUGAGCAACUGCACGAUCGGGAUCAGCCCAACUUUUGGGCAAACGAGGCGUUAUCCGAAUUUGAACCCCACUUUCCUAUUCUUGUCAUUUCGCAACAAACGACCCUGCCUCCAUCGCUGACUUUUCUGCAAGAUGAGAUUGACCAUGUCGUGGCGCAGAAUGACACGAAACAACCGACACUCUCAGCCUUAUUAGCGUGGAUAGACGAAAUGAAUAUUUGAUAUUUCUGAACAUGCAAUGAGACACACGCGUACAAGUUUUUCGUGACUUGAAAAAAGAAGAAAAACUGAGUUCGUUUUUCACUUUAUCGUUCCAUUUUUCCUUUAUUCUCUUUAACAAUUCGAGCUUCAUCUGUUGGUGAAGAGCAGACAUCAUGACGAACAACUUGCUGGAUGUUGAACCCGUCGGAUAUUGGGGACCGAUAACAAGCUCUGUUGACUGGUCGGAGAU